GUGGAAGCCCUUCCCUGGAAAUAAGAUAAAUAGAUGUGGUCGAGUUGUUGCUGCAGCUUCUUUUUUUAGGUACGUUUCUCCUAUUAGUUUAAUGGUUUUUACUGUUUACUGUCUGCUUAAAAGAUAAGUUGCCUUUUUUAAUUAAAACCUAUUUUCCCAGAGUAUCUAGCUUCCACAGCAACAGUACAUGUUAAAAUGAAAAUAAACAACCAGAAGUGAUACUGAUGAUUAACCUUUAUUGAGCUUUCUAUCUCACUAUGUACUCACAUUUAAGCAGAAAAUGGACUUUGCUCUGAUGGAUUUAAGAUUUCAUAGAUGACGCAAAAGAAGUGCUUGAGGUCAGUCUUAUGUCCUGUUGGAUUUGCAGCUGCUGUACUUCCUCUUCUUUAAUCUGCCGUCUCAUUUCUCCUUUACAGAACCGCACUGAAUGAGAAAAUUUUUUUUAGCAAGGAAGUUGUAACUAUUUGAAGAACCUCUCAUGAGAAAUUUUUCCUGUUCUCAUGGGAAAAUCAGACUAAUAGUGUCAAAGAGGGACACGGUCUUUGGAGAAGAGAAGAUAGUUCCUUUUUGGAAACUUUACAAACUGCACCUGUGGGAUGAAACCAGGCCUCUGAAAACAACAUGAGGAUUUCUAGUAUCAAACUUUUAUCCCUUUGGUCUGUGAUGCAGAAAAGCAGUUUCGCUUUAGACGCCCCUAUAGAGUCAGGAACUGGCCUUUAAAGUGCUGAUACACACUGCUGGGCGUGCUGAAGUUCACAUGUAUGUUAGUGUGGUUAGUAGCAACAGAGCCACUUCCUGCAGGUUUGACGGCUGCUCUCUUUCUGCAAACUAAAGCUUUGGUUUCUCUAAAGGCACAUACACUGCAGACUGCUUCUGAAUUAGCUUAUUUCAUCUAAAAAGGCCAAAAUGAAAGUAGCAGCAUUCAAUGUAAGGAACUUGGGACGUCAGAAAGUCACAGACAAAAUGGUUUCCCAGUACCUCACUGAGAUUAUAUCCAAAUACAGCGUGAUCGUGAUAUUGGAGGUGGUUGAUAAAAGCGGCAAAGCCAUGGAGAAGUUACUUAAAAAACUCAAUAGUACCUCCGAUCAUCCCUAUGAAAUGAUCCGCAGCUCCUGUCUGGGAAGAAACACCUACAAGGAGCAGUUUGUGUGUUUCUACAGAUCAGACGAGGUUAAGCUUACAGAUCAAUAUCAGUAUGAGGAUAAUCAGGUUGGCGAUGAAGAUGCUUUUGCCAGAGAGCCCUUCAUCCUGCGCUUCCGCUGUCCUUCCACAGUUGUAAAAGACCUGGUCCUGAUACCUGUCCAUACCAAGCCAGACGACUCACUGAAGGAACUCGAUGAGCUGUAUGACGUGGUGAAAGCAGUCAGAAGGAAGUGGAAAACAGACAACAUAAUGAUACUGGGAGACUUCAAUGCAGAUGGUCGAUAUCUCUCUAAGAAAAAGAAGGAAUCAAUCCGAAUCUCCUCUGAUCCUUUCUUUUGGUUGAUAGAUGAUGAUGUUGACACAACGACUAGUAAUUAUAAUGACCACACCUAUGACAGGAUUGUGGUGUAUGGAGAAAAAAUGCUAGAUGCCAUCCUUCCUGAAUCCGCCAAAUCCUUCAACUUCCAGGUGGAGUUUGGCCUGACUGAUGAAGAGGCUGAAAGCAUCAGUGAUCAUUAUCCUGUGGAGGUGGAGCUUGAGAGUGUCCAAACAAAGCAGAGGAAGAAGGCUUUGCCCCGAACAAGAAAAACAUCCACUAAAGGAAAAACUCCACAGAAAGGAAUUAAGAAGAGGACAAAGCCCUGUGGAUCCAAGAGUAAAAGUUCAGCAGGAAAAAAGAGAAAAGGACGACCAGUGACAUCCAACAGCCCAACAAAAAGGAGACGUUAAGCUAUCUUCUCUAGUCAUCCGCUGAUGUGCUGUUUAAAAGUUUUGAUGAAAUUUCCUUGUCUGUUUAAUAAUCAGAUAAACACAAAAAAGAUUUUAUAGCCUCAAAAUAAUUUUUUUUGAUCAUUUCAGUUAAAUAAGCCUUUAAAGGGAACAUUUGGUCCAGAAGUAUGGGUCCUUUUAACACUCUGUAGUCCAAUAACUUAUUACCUCCAAACUUUAUGUAUUUUUGCUGGUUAUUGCUUUGUGUUUAUUGCUCACAGUUGUGUAAUUUAUAUUUAAAGCAUGUAUUUGAUUAAAUAUAAAAUAACAAAACACUUCACUAAAUGAAUCGAUAGACUGGUAAGUAAAUCGAGCAGAAUUAUAGGUCAGGUUGUCUUGAAAGCAUCCCUGAACUUUGAAAAAUGGAUUAUCUAUUCAAGAUGCAAAUUUUAAAACAUAGAAACAUAGAAAUUAGCACCUUAAACUCAGUAAUCAGGUACUGUUAAAACAGAAAUUGGUAAAGCUUUUAUUAAGAAUGAUUAACACAUAAAAAUAUUUACAUAUACAUUUGUCUUGACUCAAUCAUAUUAAUAUGUUUCACAGGAUGUCCGUAUUUUCUAUUACAAAAUAAAAUAAAUAAAUAAAUAAAACAAGUUUUUUCUACUUUAAAUUAUUUUUGGACAUUUCAGAUUUUA